AUGGAGAGAAUUUAUGAUGCCAAGAGGUGCCCAGAUGAAAAUCGCUUGGCAUUCACUGAAUAUUUACUGACUGGUGAGGCCAGCCACUGGUGGACGAGCAUGAAGGCUAUUUUGGCGGACGCUCACAGUCCCAUCUCUUGGGCAGUUUUCAGAAGUAAAUUCUAUGAAGAAUACUUCCCAGACAACGUUCGUUACGCCAAGGAAGUGGAGUUCCUUCAACUGGUACAAGGUGGGAAGUCUGUAUCGGAGUAUACCAACACGUUCAAGCAUUUAUUGAGGUUCAAUACUAUGGCCACCAGUGAAGAGUGGCAGUAUCGGAAAUUCGAGAAUGGGUUAAGGAGUGAUCUGAAAGUGCUGAUAUCCAGCCUUUUUAUUAAGUCUUUUCCCUCAAUGGUUGAGAGAGCCAAAGUGUUGGAGAAGAAUGUGGCUGAAGUGGAGCAACAGAAGAAGCAACAAGCAGCACGGGGACUGAAUCUGGCAAGGAAUAAACUAAAUCGGAAUAGGACGUCGUACGCUCGUGUAGCACAGCCAUUGAAUUCAAGUGGAUCACAAGCUAUGGUUGUGGCCGGACAGUCUGGGCAGCAUGGAGCGGUCAGAUGUUUUCGGUGUGGGGGACCUCAUUACAAGUCGUCAUGCCCUCAGUUGGUUGGAGGAAAAUAUUGCACUCGCUGCAGAAGGAACGGACAUUUGGACAGCGAGUGUAAUAUGGGAGGACGAGCAGUCAUGCGACCACCAAAUGCUGGAAGAGUUCAACAAGGAAGGGGUGGUCGAGCGCAGGCAGGGAGACGAGUGUAUGCAAUAACGAGCGUUGAAGCAGCAAGUUCAGGUACCCUUAUCAUCAGUACAUGCUUACUAUAUGGACAAUCUUGCUGUGUGUUAUUUGAUUUGGGGGCAACAUAUUCCUUCAUCUCGAAGGCGUGCGUUGAGAAACUGGGAUUGACUAAGAGCGAGAUGCAGUUCGACUUGGUGGUGUCAACCCCAACGGCUAGUGAG